AUGAGUGAUGUGAAACAGCUUUCGUUUACACCUUCGAUUUUCAAAAAAAUUGCUCCUGAUCAAUACUUGUCUCAUUUAUUAGAUCAAAACAUACGUUCUGAUGGAAGAACGGUCACCGAAUUUCGUGAACCUCAAGUUCAUACUGACUGUAUAUCUACUGCUAACGGAAGUGCUAUUGUUCGCGCCGGUGAAAACGUUUUCGUUUGCGGCAUUAAAGCAGAAAUUGCUGAACCCACUGCCGAUGCACCUGAUUGUGGCUUUAUUGUUCCCAAUGUGGAAUUAGGCCCUCUUUGUAAUUCCAAAUUUAAGCCAGGCCCUCCUUCUGAUUUGGCUCAAGUAAUUUCCCAGCAAUUGUAUCAAAUUUUGAUUCAGACGAAACUAAUUCAUCUUCAUUCACUUUGCAUUCACGAAAAGAAAGCAGUCUGGGCCCUAUAUGCCGAUAUCGUCUGCUUGAAUUAUGAUGGAAAUGCUUUCGAUCAUGCUUGGACUGCCUUAAUGUCUGCCUUAGCGACAACCAAGCUCCCUACUGCUGUUUGGGAUGAAGACCUAGAAAAGGUGGUCUGCGCAUCCAAUCUCACUCGGCCAGUUCAACUUAGCACGAAGUUAUAUUCUUUUUCUUGGUCUGUUUUUAACAAUAUACUGUUGGCCGAUCCAACCGAUGAAGAGGUGUCUUUAUCAAACGAAUUCCUUACUAUAAUGAUGGACACUUCCAAGAACAUUUCGAAAAUGACAAAACUGGGCGGCUCUUUUAUACAAGUUGACAAGUUGAAGGAAUGCGUAGAGUUUGCUCGUAAUCACAUAGAAUAG